UAAUAGUUGUCCUUAACCUUAAUCGAAUAAAUUGCAUUAUUGAGCUUACUUCAACAGGAAACGAAUAAUUCAGAAAUGUCAACUGCCCAAGAAGAUGAAGACCCUGAACAGAGGCGGAAACGUCAUGGAAUGUUGAAGAUGUACUACGGCCUUGAUGGAAACCAGGAUGGAGGGGCCUCUCUUGACCCCUGUGACAUUGAUGGGGCUCACUUCAAGCCAGAUAUGUACCUGAGCAAGCUUAUACAGGAGAAAUCCCUCACCGAACUCAUGGAUAAGGAGUCGGAAAUGUUGAAACAGAUUCGCUCCCUUGACAGCGACAUGCAGACACUGGUGUAUGAAAACUACAACAAGUUUAUAAGUGCUACUGACACAAUCAGAAAGAUGAAGAAUGAUUUUCGUAAAAUGGAAGAUGAGAUGGAUCACCUGGCGACCAACAUGACGCGCAUCACCGAGUUUAGUGGUAAUGUCUCCCACACCCUGGAUGAUCGCAGGCAGCAGAUUACAAAACUGGCUGGGGUGCACUCACUACUCAAGAAGUUGCAAUUCCUGUUUGAACUACCCGCAAGACUGAACAAAUGUAUAGAAAUGAAGGCCUACAGUCAAGCUGUAAGAUACUACACAAAAGCCCAGCGUGUAUUACUGCAGUAUCAACACAUGGCCAGCUUUCAGGGUAUAAACAGUGACUGUAGCAAGAUUAUACAGGAGAUGGUUGCCAUCCUGAAGGAACAGUUCAGUAACAAAGAGUGUAGCCCCCGUGAGCUAGCAGAGUGUGUGGAUCUCCUGCUGCAGCUCAACGAACCUGCUGAACACCUCUGUGACGAGUUCCUCGCUCAUGCACAUCAGAAGCUGGAUGAUGACCUAGCCGGGUUACAAGAGCAGAUAGCCUGGCAUAGGGGAGAAACCCCAAUAAAAUCACACGACAAUCCGGGACAACAAUAUCUCAACACUCCGAUGGAUGUGCUGGAGUUUGUGGACAGUGGCUGUAAUGGCUUCCUCAGCAACAUGUGUCUGGUGAUAGCUUCCUACAAUGACAUGUUUCUUAAAAUUCAUGACAAUGAACAGUUGGAGAGCAUGGCCCUAAAGAAGCUGGUACAGUUUGUCCAUGCCCUCAUGGAGCAGUACUUCGACACUGUCAAACAGCGUAUACAGCUUGAGAGAGAGACUGGAGACAACACAAUUCUUGUACGAGCCCUGGACAGAUUCCAUAGACGCUUGCAGGCUAUGAACAAGCUCCUUCCUGAUACAGACUUUUCAAGGGCAGGUACUGACAUUGUGUCAUCAGCAGCCAGAGAUAGAGUGGAUCAUUAUCUAGAUUCUCUAAAGCAACACUUUGCAGAUUGUCUGACUGAUGUCCGUCAGACUCUGGCCUCACCAAGAGGCAAGGAUGCCACAGUGAAUCUUACCGAGCUCCUCAGUGGCAUACAGCUAAAUAUGGUGGAACAGGUCAAGUCUGUCCUCUCCAAUCUUCAGGUGUUCAUUGCAUCGGACAUCACCUUCGCCAUGAAGCCGUAUUUCCGGGGCGCGUUCUGCACGGCUGGUGUACGGGAGGGGCUCGUUGUUGGUUUUGUUCUGCACUUAACGCAGAUAUGCCAGGAGUUCUGUGAGGCUGGGGGAGAGAGGGGGUCCGCCCCACCCCCACUGCUUCUUAUACUCUCCAGGCUAUGUUCGGACUAUGAGAGUUCUACCAUUUCCUACCUGAUAACAUUGACUGAAGAACAGUUUGAUAUGGACCCCCACAGUGAAAUGACCUCAAUAGCUGACCUCUGUGGUGAAGUCAAGGUCACUGCUCAGAAACUACUCAACCACUUUGUGAAAGUUCAGGGCCUUGCUAUAUCUCAGAUGUUACGUAAAAGUGUGGAGACUCGUGAUUGGCUGAACACGAUCGAACCUCGAAAUGUGAGGGCUGUCAUGAAGCGAGUUGUUGAAGAUAUAACGUCCAUUGACUCCCAGGUUGGACAAUUGUACGAGGAGGGUGUCAGAAAGGAACAGAGCAGUGAUUCAAGUCGUCGAGCCCACAGUUAUGCUGCUUCAAAUCAGAGGCGCGGGCAGUGGACUUUUACACCAAGCAUUGACAACAGCCUGAUAAGCAACAUACAGAAGCUGUUCUCUGAGAAGAUAGAGAUAUUCAGUGCUGUCGAGUUCUCGAAGGUUUCUGUUCUGACUGGAAUCAUUAAGAUCUCAUUGAAGACAUUCCUUGAGUGUAUUCGUCUGCGGAUAUUUGGUCGCUACGGCCUACAACAGAUUCAAGUAGAUACAUACUACCUACAGCUUUACCUGUGGAGAUUUGUCUCUGAUGAAACCUUGGUACAGGUGCUAUUAGACGAGAUUGUGUGCAGCACUGUCCACAGGUGUCUGGACCCAGUCAUGAUGGAACCCAGUGUUGUUGAGCUGAUAUGUGAAAGAGGCUGAGACAAUAUUCGUUGAGCUCCAUACAACAUUCCGAACAUUAUGUGCAACAGACAAACUUCAUUCAGCUCCAGUAUAAAAUUCUUGCCCGUGAAUAUGUAGUAAUACAGUAAUAUCUAGGUGAGAAAUGGAAGUGUCAACUUAUGUAUUUUAAUUUGAUGUUUAUUUAAAUUGCUUAUUCUAAUUAAUUAGGCGGGACAUAGUAUUUUUGAUGGAUUAAGAGUUAUUACAAAACAUGUUAAAAUGCGUGUCGUUUUUACUAGGUAAUGAAGGUACACUAUUGUAUAUAUUUGAAUUGAUGCAGUUGUUAGAAUGUGCAAUAAAUAUUUAUCAAAAGCC